AAUAACAGAAGUUUUAUAAUCACACUUGAAUGACUCCUAGUAGGUGUUGUUCGGUAAAAACAACGACAGCUUUCAGAUUUAGCUUCUGUGAAUAAUCCUGGCUUCUGUACAUGAAGAGGCAGGAGGGCUGCCAGGUUGAUCUUCGGCCUUCCCUGGGCUGUGAGCAGCAGGUGUGGGGGCUGCAGUGAGCUGUGCUUUGAGCCCUCUGGUCGGCGCUGGCACUGCAGUGCAGCGGGGCUGUAACUCUGUCGGCGAACGGGAGGUGGCAGUGGCUGCUGCGGGAACAAGAGAUCGUUUCUCUGCAGAGCUGUAACACGUACUGGGCAGGCUGGGACCCAGGCUCUUCACAUACAUCGUAAAAAGCAGGAAAUGCAGUUUCCUGAAGGGAUGUUGCACCUCCUGUAACCAGAUUCUGAUGGAUUAGGAAAAAAAAUAGGAUAAGAUUUUAAUAUGGAUAAAAAAAGUUGCUUUUCCUUGGAUUGUGAGAGUUGUCUGGCAGCAGUGCUUGUUUCGAAGAAAUGUCAGAAGGCUCGUGAGCACUUUGGUACAGUGAGGACACAGAUGGAGUCUCUGAAGACCAAGUUUCCUGCUGAUCAGUAUUACAGGUUUCAUGAGCACUGGAGGUUUGUGCUGCAGCGGCUGGUGUUCCUGGCAGCAUUCGUAGUCUACUUGGAGUCAGAAACAUUAGUGACCCGAGAAGCUGUUGCAGAAAUUCUUGGGAUUGAAGCUGAUCGAGAACGGGGCUUUCACCUGGACAUUGAAGAUUAUCUUUCUGGUGUAUUAACUCUGGCCAGUGAACUGGCCAGGCUGGCAGUGAACAGUGUCACAGCUGGGGACUAUUCUCGCCCUCUGCGCAUCUCAGCCUUUAUCAAUGAGCUGGAUUCUGGCUUCCGCCUCCUCAACCUGAAGAAUGACUCCCUGAGGAAACGCUACGACGGCCUGAAAUACGAUGUCAAGAAAAUUGAGGAAGUGGUUUACGACUUGUCGAUCAGAGGACUCAAUAAGGAGGCAACAGUUGGUGCAGGAGGGGAGAAGUGAAGGAUGCUCGUUUGAACAGCAUCAUCGAUUACCUCAGAUGGUUGCCAAUUUAGGAAGUACCCAGAGAAGCUUUCCUACAGUAGUUUAGAAGAACUGCAGCUCAAAGCUGCUCUCUAUUUUCUUACAAAAGGUGUAGUACAGGUGUUAGAUGUUUUGUAAAAUCAUGUCUAGAUUAGGACAGGAGACUGUUUCCAGUGGAAUUCCUCUGUCAAACACAUGGUGCUGUUCUCUGCACAGCAGCAAUAGUAGUCAGUAACUCCCAUGAGCUGAGAUUCCCAGUAGUUCUGUAGUGUUGCUUCCCUGCUCUGUCAGGGAAGUGCUGUGGCUGUCUCUGCUCCCACGCCCUCAGAGAUGUGUGCACAGCACAGAGCUCAGUGCAGGCACAUGGGAUCUUUUAAGAAACACAGCGUGUAAAUACUGACAUUUUUUUAAGAUUUUUUUUUCCUUUUUGUUUCUUAAUUUUUCACCUAUGUAAGUUGAACAAAUUUGCCUAACUGUUGAUGAACCAGAUCCAGCUCUCUUUUUUUAAUGGUUUCUGUUAAUGUACUGCCAUAAUUGAGAAAUUAGUGAAAAUACUCCUGAGAAUUCCUCUAUUGGAACUGGUGUCUUGCACCCUGGCAUCUUUCUCAUAUUUUUUUUCCUUUCCACCAAGAUUUCAGUUACCAGGGAGAGCAAGGUUUUCUUAGACACCUGCUUUCUCUGACUGGUAUUUGUUUUACUGGCAUGAGUAAAUGCAGAGUUUUGAAUGAUGAUUUGCCUUGAGAACUCAGUGUAACCAAUUUUUAUGUUUUUUUAACUUCUAAGUUUUCUGAAUAGAGAAGUGUAAAUGGAUAAACUGCAGGUGGUGUCUGAGCUGUAACAACCUGUACAGACCACAACUGUACCUGUGUCCUGGGAUUAAAAAAAACACCACAAAACUAUAGUUUGUGUAGUAAAAUGUUUGUAUCUCCAGAAAUGGGGAAGUUACUGCUUUCAGGUAAGUAUGUAAGAUGUUUGCAAACACCAACAGCCUCUUUCAUGUGUGUAAGUGGACAGACUCAUGCCUCCCCAUGUGCUUGUUCUCUUGUCUCAAAUUAUUUUGAGUUUUGCCAUUCUCCUACUUCUGGUGGUGCAGGAGGGUAAAGGAGAACAGCUAACUUAGGAGGAGGAGGAAUACUUCAGAGGAUGAAUGGGAACAGUCAAGUUUAUGUGGGGUUUGGUAGGGUUUCGGUUUCUUAGUGAAGGUUUACCACUGAGUUAGGGGGUUGUUUUGUUUAUUGGAAGAAAAUGGUUUAUUGGUUAUUUUGGCCAAUAAAAGCUGUUCUUUGAUUAUGGCCA